ACACUAGCGUCCAACCAGGUGAUCCGUCGCUCUCCACCGCCUUCAAAGAAGUCCUUUGCGGUGGUACCAGUCUUUAGAGCAUCUCACUCGCAUUGUGAUUGCUCCAAUUCCUUCUUGUUCAGUUCUCAACAUCUAAAUUCCCUGUUCAUCAUGGCCGACGACGAACGCCGUGUCAAACGAUCCCGCUUUGAUCAAACAGAAGCAGAGCCUCGCCGGGCCUCUCGUUUCGAUCGUCGUUCUCGAUCUCCCUCCUCGCGACAGUCUGAAGCUACUCGUACUCGGAGCCCGCUUAGUCGCGAACCUCGAAGCCCUAGCGCAGACCCGGCAAAGAAGUCUGGGGGCGCGGACCCUGCUGCUGCUGCAGCUGCCGCAGCGGCCAAGAUCAACGCUCAGUUGCAAGCAAAGAAGGGUAUUCAGCAUGUCGAUGUUCCACCUAUCCGUUCGGCAACAAGUCCCGCACCGGCAGCCGCAUCACCGUCCGCUGGAGAAGCAUCGAAACUUAACGCAGACAUUUACGUUGCUGAUGGAGACUAUAUCAAGGACAUUGAGAUUAAUGACUUGCGCAACCGUUACACACUGACCAAGGGCUCUACUCAGAAGAUGAUCAAGGAAGAAACUGGCGCCGAUGUCACGACUCGAGGAAACUAUUACCCGGAUAAGAGCAUGGCAACUGCCGCGAACCCCCCGCUGUACCUACAUGUGACGAGUACGAAUAAAGAGGGCCUCGAAAAGGCCGUGGAUUUGAUCGACGAGCUCAUGAAGAAGGAACUCCCCAAUCUGGUCGAUGAGCGCCGAUUCCGUCGACGUGAGCCGGAACAAGUGGAACGUGACGAAUACGGUCGUCGUAAAUGGCCCGAAGAGCGGAUUCCAGUGGACCUUGAGCCAAUUCCUGGCUUUAACCUUCGUGCCCAAGUGGUCGGACAGGGCGGUGCGUAUGUAAAGCAUAUUCAGCAGAGAACCCGAUGCAAGGUCCAAAUCAAAGGUCGGGGCUCCGGCUUCAUGGAACCCAGUACUGGCAGAGAAAGCGAGGAGCCGAUGUUCUUGCAUGUUGCUGGACCCGAUCCCAACGAUGUUCAGAGCGCAAAAGAGCUGUGCGAGGACCUUUUGGCCAAUGUUCGAGAACAGUAUCAGCGCUUCAAGGAGAACCCACCCCAGCACAACUAUGGCGGAUAUGGUCAGCGUGGAGACCGUUAUCAGGGAGGGGGCUAUGGUGGAGGCUACGGCGGGGGUCAUGGGGGUGGCAGUGGCGGCGGUGGCUAUGGGAAUCAUUCGCACCAGAACUCGCCCUCUACGUCUGGUAGCCCAGCCACGCAAGGCGCAACAGGAACAUCGGGAGGACAGAACCUAGCCGACUAUAGCGCACAGUAUGCACAGUACUACGGAUCCGAUCCCUACGCUGCCUACGGUGGAUAUCAGAACUACGUCGCCUACUACCAAUACUAUCAGCAAUAUGCCCAACAGCAGCAACAGCAGUCUCAGCCGCAGUCGCAGUCCCAAGUCCCGCGCCCCCUCCUCCCCCUCCGACUAGUGAAGCGCCGCCUCCUCCGCCUCCUGGUUCAGGUUCCCCCCCUCCACCUCCUCCCGGUGGCAGCUACAGUGCAGUCCCACCCCCACCAGGCCUGUGAGCAUGUCCUCCCCUAGUUAUUUGAAAUGGACAACAACCGCAAAAGCAGGAGGAAUCGAACUACUCUACCUUGGUACCGUUGCCGAUAAAUUCACCUACUUAUUGGCAGGUGUAACUUUAUAGCUUAUCUCUAUGUUUGACAUCUGAUGAAUUCGGAUUUGGGCAAUAUUGUCUUCGUGCUAGAAAAGAUUGGAAUUCCUCGCUCAGCUCCAUAUCUUUCU